GUUUACAAACAAUUUACAGGCAAAAGUUUAUGAAAAAUGGCUGAUUAUUGGAAGUCAAAUGAUCGUAAAUAUUGUGAUUUCUGCAAAUGUUGGAUAAGCGAUAAUAAAGCGAGUAUUGCCUUCCACGAAAGUGGGAAGCGUCACAAACAGAAUGUGGCCAACCGCAUAACGGACAUCAGCCGCAACAGCGAGAAAGCUGAGCGUGAGCGCAAAAAAAUGGAUGCCGAGAUCCGGAAAAUGGAAGAAGCGGCUAUGCGCUCAUAUGCCCAAGACAUACAUGGUGGUAGAGAUUUUACGGCGCGCACUAUCAACGCUGUACUGGAUGCCUCCAACACGGCAGGCACAUCAGCUCGGUCAACAUCGGCAGUUGUCUGCCGUGGAAAACAAGUGGAUCCAGUACGUUUGCCAGGCAAUUCAGAUGAUGAAGACGAAGAUGGCAAAAGAGUGCUGGUGCAAAAGGUUGCACCGGAGAGCAUACCAAACGCCUCACUUUGGGUAGAAGGUGUAUCUGAUGAGGGUUAUACCUAUUAUUGGAAUGUGAAAACGAACGAGUCCGUGUGGGAUCCACCCAAAGAGGGGUAUCUCUCCUAUGCUGAAUAUCAACGUAUCAAUGAAUUAGCAUUGAAAAAGCAGGAAAUGGAGCAUGCUACGGAGGCCAAAAAAUUUCGUGAGAAUGUUAAUGAGGAAGUAGCACGCUACAAUCGCGAACGGUUGAAAAUGUUUCGAAAACCUGAGACACCAAAAGAGGCGCAGAAACGGCGCGAAGAAAAGGAAGCGUACAAGACUCAGGACGAGGCAGCUGCACCGACAAUCGGUGCAUGGCAAGUGGUGGAGCAUAAACCACCUCCGAAACCAGUAGACUUGGAACUGCCCAAGGUUGAGAGCCACUAUGUGCCACCCGUAGUGUCUGAAAUUCCAGCUGAGCCUCCUGUAAAGCGAUUUAAAGAGAAAACUAUUGUUUCAUUAGAUCCAACAAUAGCAAUUGAUGUGCCUACCUCAUUCAAUAAACGAAAAUUCGCCGCAAAAGCUAACCAGCGCCAACGUCUCGAUGUUGAUUAACCAGCGCGAAAGCAUUUUCUUUAUUGAUUAAGUUAAUUAAGUUUAGUGUAAAUUGACUAUGAAAAUACUAACAUUGCAUACGGUCUCACUAUACCCCGCGUUUGCAUUUAGACCGUAAAUCGUGGAAAAAUUAAGACAUUAUUGUGUACAAAUAAUUAAAGGCAGAUGUGCGGUAUGCCGAUUCGCAUUUGUCUAUGUGCAAUUAAUGGAUGUAACGUGGGCGCAUAGUGAAUCCUAGAUGGGGCGAUUCAUUGUCGCCGACGUAAGCGUUCGGCAUGGCUGUUGUGCAUAUGGACACAUAUAAAUAAAUAUAUAUACUUGCAUGGAUGUGAAUAUAAACAUAAUUAAAUAUUUUCCCAGCUAAUUUAUGUGCACAUCUAUCUUUAAGGGAAAUGUUGCCUUUGUCGCAGAUCAUGUAAAUAUUUAUGAAGCUGAAAAUAUUGGCAAUGAUUUAAGAAAAGAGGAAGUGAAACCAAAAGAAACGAGCCAUUUUUUUUCAACUGAGGAUGGAAGCAACGCAUAAUAAAAUAAUUACAAAAAUAUAAAA